GAUGAGUGGUGCCUGUCAUCCCAAACACAGCGCUAAACUGUGAUGCAUGUAGCACUGAUGCUGUGACGGACACUUGAAAGCCACAUGUCUGCAUCCCAGUGCAUUUCCUGCUGGCCCGGGAGCACUGCGUGCAUUUCUUUUCUGCGAGCUUGCACCUUGUGAAUGUGGCUUUAGGUGGGCUGGAGGGGUCCAGCACCUCUACUGCCCCAUCCGUAGAGGGAGGCCCGUGAGGAACCAGAGGAAAAGAGUGCUUGGGAAGCCCAGGCCAUGCCCACAGGGCACAUGUCUUGCGGUUUUCUUUCUGCUUCUUGUUUUGCUGCCCUGCUAUAAACACUUAGAGCCGACUUUGCCAAAGCAGAGGGCCUUGGGGCACCUCACUGCAGGUGAUGAUCCGUGGGAACAGAGGGCUGCAGCCCUUGAGGGGCUGUUGAGAAGCCUGACUCUUGGGAAGGAAGACUUUGGGGUUUUAUCAACCGCUUUUGCAGAGUUAUUCUUCAGGAUCUCAGCAGUAUCCCCCAGCCAUGUGGCUGCUGCGGGGGGACUGGAGCAGUCCUGGCUUCCUCUGGCCUGGAGCCUUUAUGGCAGAGCCGGCCACCAUUGUCGGGAAGCCAGGAAAUAUCAAGUGGCUUCCCUGUGUGUGCACUCCAAGAGGGAGGCUGGAAGGACAACAGCAUUCUCCUGAGGGUAGAGCAGGCCUUGGGUCAGACAAAGCUGGCUUAACGAAGUGAGUCUGUUAAGGGAGGGUAAAAUAGAGGUUGUAUGAGCUCCUGCACGGGUGCCGUUUCCAGGCACUGUAGCUCAGAGUUGGGAAAUGAAGCCUUUAUGGUUUUUACCCUCGUAUCUAUAACCCUUUUUCUGCAUCCCGCAGGAGACCAGGGUCCAUGGUUUCCAUCCUAAGUUACUGUUUAGCUCAUCUUACAGGCUGCCAAACGCUCGCGCUGGAGGAUUGAACCCAGUAAAGGAGUGAUCCCCCCCGAGAGCGAGGUGUCUGUGGCCAUCAUAGCAAACUUGGAUGACACUGAGAGAUUGGACGAUGAGGUGAAGGUGUCCAUAGAGAACAGCCGGCCCUACGUCAUCCCCAUCCAGGCUGUCAGCACGGGCACAACAAUUGUCAUUGAGAAACCUGUUGCUCCGGAGCUCAACUUGGGCCUCCGCUUCAGCUUUGAUCCCUGCUGUUACCGCUUCAAGAUGACAAACAGAGGACGAUGCACCCACCAGCUGUAUUGGUCAACAGAAGGCUUCCCCACGUUCUGCCAGCGUGACCGUCUCCGUGCCAUCAGUAACACCAAAGGCACAGAUUCCUCCCAGAGCCCCAAACCCACCUGCCCUGUGUUUAAGCUUCGAGCGCUGAGGACAGAGCUGAUGCCCGGCAAGACUCUGGAGAUGGUGCUGGAAGGCUCCUCCAGCACUCCCCAGGUGGUGAAGGAGCAGCUGCUGUGUCAUGCCGUGGUGGGGAGCAAGGCGGGGAAGGCACCGAUAAUGCAGAUGGAUGUCACGUGUGAGUUUGUUGAUCCCGUUCUGCAAGUGUCUUCCAGAGAAAUCACGUUCUGGGUGGAGAAGCUACCCAGUGACAUCCUCAGCCUACAGCACAAGCCUCUUUCUUUAAAAAACUUGUCCUCCCUGCUGCUGAGCGUCGUCCUGGCCUUAGAUCAACCCUUCCUAGUCUGCGAUGCGGCCCGGCAGCCCCUCCCUGCAGAUGUGCAGGUAAGCAGGACCUUCCCACAGUAGGCUUUGAGGAGGAGGGAUGUGGCGGUGCGUUUCUGUUGGGAGGUCCUCUGGCAGGGCAGUGUCUUCCAUAGAGUCAGCAGUAGCCUGGCCCAAACUCAAUCAGAUCUGAAGUGAGCCGCUGGAAGAAACAAAAAUACCUGAGUUUGGAAGACACUUUGUGGCUCAAAGCCAUGAGGAGAAGGGAGCAGGCACCUAGGGCUGGGCAAGCCAUGGAGUAAAGGUAUCUCCUGGGACUUGCAGCAGCCGUCCUCAGCCAACUUCAAUA